CUCGCAUGGGGUACCGUGGGGCUAUAGGGGGACAUAGGGGAAAGGGAACGCCACACGGACUCUGGCGAGGGAACACGUGUGCAUGCAACACGCUUACAUUCUGGCUCCGCCUACGAGAUCCGCCGGGUGGUACCUCCGCGUUCGACAGUCAAAGACCGUCUACCAACUACGGACAAUCACAACAUCCAUAGCCAAGACAAAAAUUUCUACAGGGACGGGAUUCGAACCCGCACAGCGCCCUGCGAC